ACAGCUGUGAACAGGGAUACAGCCGGGGAAAGGGAGUGGAGAUUAUCAAGGGUUCCUGCUAAGAGCCUGCAGACUUUAUUUCCAUCAGAUGGGACUGGAGCAUAUGUGACGUCUUUCCCACCUCUUACUGAGAUUAUUUUUUGUGUCAUCAUUAUUAAUCGUAACAGUGCAGAGCAAGGGUUUGGAAAGAAUAGCGCAAACCUUCCAACUUAGAGUCAACUUGGUCCCUGGAAGCACUUCUGUGGUGUAAUGUGUACAAUACAGCAAUGCACAACUGUGCCUUUGGACAUCAAUGUGCAAAAAGGUUGAAGAGAGAAAUUAAACUCCUCUGACUGGUAUUGUCUUUCCAUCCCUGAGUCAUCUGAAAUCACCUACCCUGCACCCACUGGCCACCAUGAAUGCCUCAGGCCUGCCACUUGCCAACAACACCCCGCUCUGCUACUCCAUCAACAGCCCUCCAUUCAAGUACAACCCCCCCAUUGCUUCAGCCUACUACUCAACCAUCUUCACCAUUCUCGGUCUCCCCUCCAAUCUCCUCGCCUUCAUAGUUCUCGUCAAGGCCUUCCGGCGGACGAACAGUCGUUCACGCUCCUUCUUCCUGAUCUUCCUGGGCGGCCUGGUGGUCACUGACUUCAUGGGUCUUCUGGUCACGGGCUCCAUCACGAUCUCCUUCCAUGCUACGAAAUUUAAUUGGCGCAAUUUAGACCCUUACUGCCACUUCUGCAACUUUAUGGGCAUGUCCAUGGUCUUCUAUGGACUGUGCCCACUGCUGCUUGGUGCUGCCAUGGCCGUGGAGCGCUUCAUUGGCAUCAACCGUCCAUUUGCACGCUCCACCAAAAUGCCCAAAGGCCGGACAAUCUCCAUGGUGCUGAUGGUGUGGUUUAUCGCUGGCUGCAUUGCAUUGCUGCCCCUAACAGGCAUUGGAAGCUACCACAUCCAGAAGCCCGGCUCCUGGUGUUUUUUCCUCAUCAGCUCCAAGGGAAAUGACCUGAUCUUCUCCCUGAUCUUCUCACUGGUCGGGUUGAUGAGCAUCACUGUGUCCUUUUUGCUGAACACGGUGAGCGUGGUGACCCUGAUCAAGGUGUGCUGCGGACAGGACAGGAGCCAGCGGAGCCGAGACCAUGAAGUGGAGAUGAUGGUUCAGCUCAUCCUGAUCAUGCUCAUCGCUUCUAUCUGCUGGUGCCCCCUCCUGAUAAAAUUUCUGGUGAGCGCAGUGACUUCUGUUGCUGUAUCAGAGGACGAGCUUUUGUUCUUCAUACGAAUGGCCACCUGCAGUCAGAUGUUUGACCCCUGGAUUUACAUCAUAUUUAACGUGUCCCAACUGAGGGCCGUUCUUAAGAGAAUCUACCCCCGCUUCGACUGGUCCCGGAGCUCCAUUAUGACCUUGUACCCACCUUUAGGCAACACCCUGCGCAGGCUCACACGUUCUUCACUGGGGAGCACCCUGGGAUCAGAUGAGACAGGAGAGACGGGGAAAACAAAUGUAAUACCCCCAUCUAGCUUGAAGCAUCCACCUCCUUCUCCAUGAUUGGUUGGAUUUGAACUGUUUUUGCAGCAGAAUGAGGGACAUCAUUAGGGUCACAGUAUGUGUUUGACUGUUUCCAAUGUCUGAUCAGUUUUUAUCGACGAUGAGGAGCACAACGUGCAAGGUUGCUCCUAUAAUCUGAAAGGAUUUUGUUACAGCAUACCAUUGAAAUGUUUUUCAGUAUUAGCAGCAACACUUUAAUUCAGAGCAAAGUAUAAAGACAGAGCACUGAUCAAACCUGCAAUCCAUCAAUAAAAACAAUCCUGCUUAUCACUAUAUGAAGUCAGCUAAGGCACCUUUUAAGCUGUCUACAUGCACUGCCCAGUUCCAUCAAGUGUUUUUAUGAUGUUUGAGUUUUAAACACUGUAUUACAGUACAGCUGCCUUUUAGGCACAUGUACACUUUUGUUUUCAGGCUUAUGCCCAGUACUGUUCAUGUAUCGUUCCCUUUCUGAAAGUAUUUAAAUGAACAGUUUUGACAGUGGAGCUACUGUAAAGCCAUGUGUAAUAGCACAGAACAUGCAUCCACAUGAUUAAGAUGAAAUGUCCAAACUUUGCAAAACCCUGGAAAUGAUCAGUUGCUAACUUUUCCAAACUUUCCAGAUUUGUAUAAAAAUGUUUAAGAGCAAUGUGUGGGAUGUUUUGGUUCCCAUCUCAUGCUUGUCUGUCAUAUACUGUACGGACCUAUGCUAGUUUACCAUGAAAAUACAGUGUUAAUGUUAAUUAAUAGAGUGAUUUUUUUCAAAGUUAACUUCAGAACUCAGAUGUAAUAAAAGUAUUUAUAAUAUAUUAUUUUGCACGAAAGGUGACAGUACCUACAUAAAUAGGUUAAAAUUACUGCUAUAUAAAAAACAAUGCCUGUUGUUCGGGUUACAUAUUUAGUAAAUCUGAUAAGAAGAAAGCAUUACUACUGUAAAUGGCCUAUUAUCUUUGGCGAGUGAUAUAUGAAUAUAUCAUACUAUGAUGGUAAUACAUGACUAGUUUCAAAAGCAACAUUUCCACUUCACUAUCACUGGCGUGGUUUUGUUCUCCUAACUGGUCAUUGGACCACACAAAUAUUUUUUUAGAUCCAGAAUUGCUAAGGAGGUAGGGAAUUUCAAAAUAAUUUAACAUGGUUACAUAAGACCAGAAACAUUCCUCUUUGCAUUUUUCUGGGCUUCAGUCCAGUGUUAAUGAAACUGUUGUAAUUUCUUCCUCCAGAGCAUCUCUGCCUCUCAGAGAUGUUUAUCAGAAACUUCAAGUCACUGCCUACAGAGAAGGAUAAACACGUUCACAGAUUACAACAGGAAUUCACUUGUUUGAUAAUUCAGUAAUUCAGUCUGAUAAUUUGGGCAAUGUCGUGACGAACAUUUUAGCUGGAUUGUUAUAGUUUUGUUGAAAAUGACCUCCCUCCUUUUUGUCAUUUGUUACAGUACUGGAUUACUCAUUCACCCAGCUAUGCACAUUGAUUGUGCACAUCAUUUGCUUUGAACGUUGUAUUAUCACUGGUAUCAGUGUGAUUGGCACUCAAUUACUGAACAAAUAGACCUGAACAAUUACU